UUAAAAAUUUAUCUAAAUAUAUUUGUUAGUCCAGGGCUUUCCUCCUUAUUUUAUCUUAAUCCAAAUUUGUUUGAAGGAGAUAUUCUCGGAGCCAGAAGUUCGCCUAGACAAAAUCGAAAUAUUAAAAGAUAUAGUACUUGGCCAAUGGGUAGAAUACCUUAUCAGAUCAAGUUCGGUGUCAGAUACAAACUUAGAAGGUUAAUUUAUGAUGCUUUAUCGCAUUAUGAGAAAUUAACUUGUAUUAGGUUUGUACAUAGAACGUACGAACGGGAUUAUGUAAUGAUUUAUGAAGGAACAGGAUGCCACUCUUACAUUGGCAGAAAGGGAGGAAAACAGGUGCUAUCAUUAGGAAGAAGAUGUAACCAUUUUCCAAUUGUCGUUCACGAGUUUGGUCACGUUGUCGGUUUGUAUCACGAACAUACAAGACCCGACCGUGACGAUUAUUUAAUCAUCCAUUGGAAUAAUAUUCAAAAAGGUAUGGAAACACAAUUUAGUAAAAGGAAUAAUUCGGAUUUCGAUACGUCGGUAGAGUUUGAUUAUGAAUCCAUAAUGUUAUAUGGAGAUAAAUUCUUUUCUAAAAAUGGAAUAUCUAAAACUAUGGAAGGGAAAAAUGGUACUAAAUUGGAACUGUUACAAAAUAAAUAUGGAUUAAGUGAACACGACGUGAUUAAAAUAAAAAAAUUAUAU